AUGACCAUGACAUUGGAUAUUUGCGGCUGAUCAUAAGUGAUCGAGAUGAUUGUGCGAGUACGUUUGAGUGUUUUAUGCACGCAUUUUAGUGUUUACUUGUUUGAUCAUGGAUGACAACGGUAGAUGGCUGUUUUGCAAUUAAAGGUAAUUUUACCUCUCUGUGUGCUGGUGAUCAUGGGUGCCUUGUUGUCCAAGAUGACGUCACUGUUUUGGAAUCCCAUUACUCACACCACCGAGUUUGAUACACCACUUCCAAAGGUACUCCAUCAGGUGCUAGACAACAACAUUGUUCAAAAUCGAAGAGUAUUCGUGGUUGGAGACAUUCAUGGUUGCUAUGACGAGUUACAAGCUCUACUUAUGAAGGCAGAUGUCUUAAAGGAUGAUGCUGUUGUGAUUUUUGCAGGUGAUUUGGUCAAUAAGGGACCCAAAAGUACAGAUGUGUUGCAGUUCAUAAGAGAAAAUACUGAAAAAUAUCAGUUAUAUGCAGUGAGGGGAAAUCAUGAUGAGAAAGUGAUUCUGGAAUACAGCAGAAAUAAGGAUCCUUCUUAUACUUUGACUAACAAGUACAAAUGGGUCACAGAUUUAACUGAGAAUGAUAUUGAUUAUUUAUCAGAACUUCCAUAUACAAUCUCAAUUCCCAGUUUGAAAUCCUUGGUCGUCCAUGCUGGGAUUGUUCCUGGGAUACCCUUGGCAAAGCAACAGCCCAUACACAUGACAACUAUGAGGAAUAUUAUAAGUCUUAAUAAUAACCAGUUUGAAAUAUCAAAAUAUGAAAAAGAUGGGGUGGCAUGGGGAUCUUUGUGGAAAGGACCUAACUGUAUUUAUUAUGGCCAUGAUGCGAAGCGUGGACUACAGGAACAUCCAUUUGCAGUUGGACUAGAUACAGGUUGUGUGUAUGGGAAGAAACUGACUGGGGUCUUCAUACACUCUCCAGGUACGAGGCGUUACGUCUCUGUUGAUGCACAGACAGUGUACAGAGCCCCCAAAGACUCUGCUCGUUAACCUAGCUAGUAUUCUCCUUUUUCAUCUUUGCACAAGGAUGCAACUAACUUCUUUGUGAUGGUACCUCUGUCUUAUGAUGGUUUGUAGAUUUAAAUUUCUUGCGAAAGAUUGAACUCUAAUUUUAAUGUGCUAAGACUGGGUUCCCAUAGAUUUAGAUCGAUCUAUCCGGAUCGACCUAACUCCUUGGGGGUUCAUGCUAAAUUGCUGUCAGGUUCCAAGAGCC